AUGUGCCUUAGCGAUCAGCCAACUCAACAUGGUUGGAUGUUCCUGUCUAAAUUGGUACUCCACCUACUGACCAUAGUAGUGACCAACUGGGCCCAUUUUGAUUACUACCUGGAUGUUGGCAGUGGUCUCUGGUACGUUCAGCCAAUGGGUAAAGGUACUAUGUGGAGGGUUGCUUCCUUCAUAGCGUCAAUGUACUUCCAAGAGCAAUCGCUUAAAUUGAAAGCAAAACUCUACAAAGAUAUUGACCUAGAAAUCCAAACAAAAGAGUUCUACGGCUGCUAUUAUAGCAGUCCCGUCCUUGAAUACGGUCCCACACUAUAUUCAACAAGAUUUUACAACAAAAACCUCUGCGGCUGGGAGUGUAGCACCGAAUUUGAGGACCACUGUGACAAUCUUAGGACCUUUGUUGCCGUUUUUGGAAGAAUGGGGUGUAUAUGUAUCUGCGAAAUUGAAGACCUGACGGGGGCCAGCGAGGCCCCCAAGAACGAUUGCAGCACCACUUACCCCAUGGCCGAAGCCCUUAUGGAUUACCAUAUUGUUAUGGGGUCUACGGGAACUGUGCCCUUUAGAAACUUCGAUACGAUGACUUUCUUUGGAUGCUUCCAGUCAAAAGACAAACUCAUCCAGGUCAAGCCCAACGAUAACGAGAACAUUUCCUAUCCAAUUGCUUGCGGGAUGGAGUGCCGGAUGAGGGGAUAUACUAUCACCAGUUUUAGAGAGAACCCUGAGAAAUGCUUCUGUGGCGAGGUAGCUGACCUGAGUGUCAACAGGCUGAACAACACCUACUGUCCGAGGUGCAAGUUCACUGACUUCUACUUCUGCGGAACCGUCAACUAUUCCUCUAGGAGUUUGUAUACAACCUGCCGAAUGGGCUCCUACAUGUACCGCGGCAAGUGCCAGAACCGAUGCCUCUGCCUGAAAGAGGUCCCGUGCGAGAUCAAGACGGGAAGGUGUCCGUCCAACCUCUGCAAGCUCGGCUACUACGGCAUGCAGUGCAACAUGGAGGAUUUCGAUUACGACCUAUACAAGCACUAUCGAGAAACCAGCGGUCUACAGUUGGCUCACUUUACCUGCUUUAUCAUCAUCGCUCUGCUGCUCUUUACAGCCUUCGCUGUCUUGUGGACGUGUAAAACGUCAUAUAACAUUUAUAUUCGACUUCCGAUGGAGAUGAAAGACCUUGACAUUGAGAUCGACUCGAGUCGUCUAUUGGAUGUGGAGUUAGAGAAGGGGGAAAUGAUGAAGACGUCUGACACUCUUCAGGAUGAAGAUGAUGAAUUAAAAAGGCUGGACAGGGAGGUGGAGAUGGCGAAAAGGCUGAAGAAGAAGAAGACAAAGAAGGAAAAUGCGGAAAAAGAAGAUGAUGAUAAAAAAGAUGAUGAUGGUGAUGGUGGUGAUGAUGGAGACGGUGAUGAAUGA